GCUUUGAAACAUUUAAUUCAUUUGAGAGGAUAAGAGUGGCAGUAUAGCUAACGUAUGCUGACAGGGUCAUUUUAUGCACUUUUAUGCACGAUUAAGUCGUGACUGUCCAGUGAACUUCAUAUUCUACGGUUUCGUAUUGUCUUCCCGCACAUAUUCUUACUCUGUCUACAGAAAUGGCAGCAUCAAAGCCUCUCAUCAUCCCUUGGUUGAUCAAACAGAUUGACAGUAGACAAUACCCUGGGGUGAACUGGGUCAAUCAGGAGCGCACGGAAUUCUGUAUCCCGUGGAAACAUUUGGGAAAGGAGGACUCUGCUGAUGAUGAUGUUCAAAUUUUCAAGGCAUGGGCAGAGAUAAGUGGUGUGACCAAUACUAAAGCCUCGCUGUGGAAACGCAACUUCCGCAGCGCUCUCUCUGCCAAAGGCUGUCAUUGGAUCACAGACAACAGUAAAGAUGCUGCUUUCCCCCACAAAGUGUUCCGGCUGCCCCAGGGAGAGCAAUGCAGGAGAUACCAGGAACCUGUUGUAAACCCAACUCCAGGUCCGCCACUGGCAAGUCCAAUGCCAACUGUUGAGAAUCUUGCAGAAGACACACCUAUCCAAGGCAUAGUAUAUGCCGUGCCUGAAUAUUUCUACUCACCGGAUGGACUAUCCCCUGCAGUGGAUAAAGAUGUGCUUGAGCAGUCUUUGAUGGGAUUGAAUAUUUAUGAACCUCAACAAGUAAUAAUGCAGCCUGCAGAAGUGGUGUCAGCUGUCGUGAUUCCAGAACAGGAACAUUCUAGCACCGAAGCAAUGGACACAGACCACGGCAUGCAGAGAAUGGAGCAGCUUACGUACACAAUGAGUACAUCCGUGGUGAACGGCACUCUAAGUACUCAGUUCAAGGUGUCAGCAUACUACAGAGGAGUGAAGGUUUUGGAACAGCUGGUGGAGAAUAAUUCAGGGUUCAAGGUAUUGUUCAGGCCUGAGAAUACGGAGUCUUCGACUGCAUUUGCUAGGUCUGACCCUGGGCUCACACCAAUUUACCUACCUGGAACAGACCAGGUCACAAUUGUUGACAAGAAACAGGCCAGGCACACCAAGCGAGUUCUGGAAAACUUGGGUGAUGGAUUAGAGGUAUUGGUUGGUGGGUCAUCAGUGUACGGACUGCGAAGAGGUGGCAGCAAAAUCUACUGGAGUCUUUGUAAGUUUCCGAACAGCAACAUUCCUCAAGAGGUCAGCAAACAAGAACGACAGAUGCUGUACUCUGUGAAGGAUUUCAUCCAAGGGCUGAUUAAUUUCAUAAGCAGUGGGGGUGAAUCCCCCUCUUUUUCCCUCUUCUUUUCCAUUGGGUGGGAAUGGCCAGACCCGGAACACAAACCCUGGGAGAAGCAACUCAUCAUGCUGGAGGUCAUCUUAACUUCUUUGGAGUUGCUGAAGUUGUUAGCAGUGGAAGGUGGCGCCUCCUCUCUCCAGUCCGUGCAGCUGCAGAUCUCUGAUAAAUCCAGCCUAAUGGAUGUACUGGAACAGUGGAUGGACACGUUAGAUAGUUGAUAUGUUGCUGCUCUAUGAAACUAUGGCUAUUCUUUUCCCCUUGCAGUUUAAGGUCAGACCACUUCUUUUUCAGAUCAGCCACAGUUAUGUCUUGCUGCCCCACCUCGUUCACUGCAGCGGCGACACACUCCCAAGCUACCUGUUUGGCUUUGUUUGUCAACCCACUAUUUAGUCCACUGAAUAAUACGUGUUGCCUGUCUUCAAUCUCCUCGACCAUCGCCAUGAUCUCGUCUUCCAAAAAGUUCGCUUUUCUCUUUUGGUCCAUGGUUAUUCCUGACUAAACCCUCAUUUGUGUUAGCAUUAUGUAAGGGGAAAUCGCUGGUUGUAAGGCACGUUCAGGUGGCGUCAAUUUUGAGUUAAUUUCAGAUUUAUAGAUCACAGGUGGGUAAGUUACAAAUGGGCUUCUUAGAACCUGCGUAAGCAAGGUUUUUUACGCUCAGUAUCUUUUAUGAAUCGAACGUAAGCACACCGUCGGAAAUGAUCUUAAGACUAAGUUCAAGUAUAAAUCUAAGAACAUUUUUAUAAAUGAGGCCCAUGGUCAUGUGACAACAAACUCUAUUUUAUGAUAUCAACAGAAUUUUUGAGAACAUUCAAUGCUCCUCUGCCUUGGUCACUACUUUACUAUGUUUGUACAUGAACCCCUUUUAUUGACAUUAUUUGAUCUAUAAAAUAUAGAUUAUCGCCCGAAAAAGUGGUGUCAUUGCACCGAGCAGGGGUUUCUUAAUUAGGCAUGAUUAUGGGGCAUUGACUGAUCAAUUUUUUACAAGAGAAAAAGUGUGUUUUUAUGUUCACCUCAGUGUCUGCUAUACAUUCAUAUUUGUUUGAUCCGGUACAAAAUCACAAUAAUGUGUCUUAAGGAAAAUUGAU